AUGUCCUCUCUUGGAAGUAAAUCAUCCCCUUACCGUCAUGAAGGUUUUCUUCUUUCCUCCUCGCUCCAACACCAACAACAACGUGUUUCCACCCUCUCUCCGAAUAGGGAUAUCAUGGUUGAGAUGCCACCACCACCAACAACAACAACAACAGAACAUCAACAACAACAUUCAGAAAACCACUCCUCCCUUACACCUACCAUCUCCAUUGCUCGAUCUCCUCCCGGUAGCAGACGCAACCACUCCAUGAUUGCAUCCACAACCAAUCCUUCUCUGACUUCAUCAUCUUCGUCAUCUUCCAACCACCAACACCACCACCAGAACAACCCUAACAACCACACCAACAUGGAAUCCUCUUGCUCCUCUCCCAAAACCAACAAUAAGCACAGUCUGAGUGUUGCUCUUCCUCAAUCACCUCUCUUUGAACCCUCAGAAUUCUCCAAGAUGAGUCUCAAAGAACAAGCCUUGUAUCGAAACGCUGCCAAACAACAACAACAACAAUUGAUUCAGAAUGGUUUCAUGAUGACGACGACGAGUACAAGUACGGCCAUGAAUCCUCAUCAUCAGAAUUCAUCUCCUGCGGAUCCAGUGGUUGCAAGUAGUCCCACCAAUAGUCCCAACAUGAAUCAACAUUUCAUUACCACCACCAAUGCUACUAAUGCUUCACAACAGAAUACCUCUCUCUCUCUCCAACAGAAAGUUGAGAGAAAACUAUUCCACUUUCAAGAACCUAGUCAUACUGGGAUGGAUUCUUAUUCACAUCAUCCUCCAACUACUGCUGGUUGCUCCAAAAUACUACUACUGCAUUGUAUGGGAUUGAGAGUACGAACCAUAACAGCUCUCUUCAUUACCUCAGCCAUUAUUGUGGCAUUGUGUGCAUUGGGUCUUUCCUUAUCCUUUGAAUUCUCAUUUAGUGAUGUCGAGAGAUUGAGUGCCAUCGAUGCUGUUCGAAAGACAUCAAAAGCUCUUCGAGACGACUACAAAAUUAUUUUGGGAAAAUUGUACGAAUAUGCAGCAUGGGAUGAUGUGUAUUAUAGUGUGAAUUCACAAAGUGUUGCUUCUGCAGAUAAUUUAUUGAAUACCUACUUUUCGUGUGAUUACAUGAAUAAGAUUAAUUUGCAUUAUGUCACCAUGUAUUUCAAGAAUGGAACUUUCUUUAGGGGAACGUUGUGUUAUUCUGGAUAUACUUUGACAGCAUUUCCAGACGAGUUGAUUCAUUUAGAUCCCUUCUUUUUUCAAGGUAUCAAUGUUCCAGACACGAGAAUUAGUUCUUUUUUCAUUCCAAAGGUUUCCAUACAAUCAUUAUUUGAACGAAGUGGAUUAGUGGUUCCUUCCUACACGUUCGAUAAUCAUUCCAAUGCAUUAAUGGUUACAGCUCAGCCCAUUCAACCGACAGAUAACUCUGCCACAAAUGGUCUUUUAAUAUUUGCUAGAUAUUUAACAAAGACAGUGGUCAAUGAAAUUGCUCAACGCACACAACUUUGUACCACGAUUUUCGAUUUGAACAAUUCCAAUGACGUGAGUGAGCUUGGAUCCUAUUUCCAUCUUGUAGACACCUCAAAUUCCACAUUGAGAGACUAUUUGUCCACAAAAACCUAUUCGAAUAUUUCAAUCAGUGAUUCGUGGACUUUGGAUGAACCAUUUCAGAUUGCUCCACAUUCGAUCCAAUCAUCCAAGAAGAGAUUGUGCUACAAGGAUGAUUUAAAUGUUCCACAUCUUUCUUCCUACAAACUUUUUAAUGAUUUCAAAGGAGAACCAUCCAUGAUUAUUAGAACAGAUUUUCAAAGAGAUUUGUAUCAAUUAGGAUGGUCCACCUUUGCGUAUACAAGUAUUACAAUUGUAGCACUCGUAGUGGUAAUGACUGUGGUCGUACUCGUCUUUGUCGAAUUGGUUGUAUUGCAACGAGUGUUAAAAAUUGGAAACUUUGUCAAACGCAUCACCCAAGACAAUGACACGAGUAAGAGAAUUCCAGAACUUGGCAAAGACGAGUUAGGAAAGCUCUCUAGAGACAUUAAUCGCAUGUUACAAGCGCUGGAAACAUCACAUGCCACACAGUUGAAAGAUUAUGAAUUGAUGCAAACUUUGUUAGAAAGAACUGCCCUGGAAGAGGAACAAAAUCGUUGUAUUAUGAAUAGUAUUCAAGAUUUCGUAGUGAAUGUUGAGUGCGCGACUGGAAAAGUCAUCAACAUGAAUACUUCAUUUGAGAAAGCUCUCCAUUCGAAAUUUAAGAGAGAAUCCAUCCAUGGCUCCAUAUUUGUCAAUGAUUUCAUGAAGGAAUUUGGAGAGUUGAAACAAGCACUGGAAAAGAUUGAACAACUCUCCAUCACACAAGAGUCCUAUGAAACUGAGUUCACAACGACAUUGGGUGCUAAAUACCCAGUGAGUUUGACAGUGAAAAAAACAAAAAUGACCUUGCGAGAGGGUGUCAUUGGUUUUACCUAUAUUAUGGUCAUGAAAAACUUGAAGGAAAGAGUGGAAUUGCAAACCAUACUUUCUCGACAACAGGAGCAGUUUGAAGAAAUUCAAAAAAUUCAACAAUUCGAUCAGGUCAUGGCCGAUGAAGAAUUGCGAUCAAGAUUUAAGGAAUUUACAAUCCAGGAGAGAAGCUCUGAAAAUUUCCUCUUCCUCGAGGAUGUUGAAUAUUACAAGUCACUUUCCAAGUCCACAGAUAGAGCCAAACUGCAGCAAGAAAUUAUUCUCAAGUAUUUAUUACCUGACUCACCUCAACCACUCAACAUUUCACAAAAGAUCCUCCAAGCAGAGAACAAGAAAAUACUUUCUGGUUAUGGUCAACUCGGUUUAUUUGAUCGUCUGGAAACGUAUGUGAAAUCCAUGGUAUUGGAUGAUACUUUUCGAAGAUUUAUGGAACAAGAACAACACAAGUCAUCGUCUCAUCAAUGUUGUAGUUGUUAUGAUAUAUAA